AUGGCGCCGCCCAGCAGCCUCGGCAAGCGCGUCAAGGGCACACAGAUCAAGCGACCCUUCAUCUACGGCACGACUGCCCGCCCUUUCGACCCCGAAACCAAUCCCAAGCCGGAAGGUGUUCCGGCAGACCACACCCACUCAUGGGAGGUCUUUGUCAAGGCCAUAGACGAUAUCGAUAUCACAUACUGGAUUCGGAGGGUUCAGUUCAAGCUACACGAGUCCAUCCCGAACCACGUGCGUAUGAUCGACGGCGAGCCGGGCAAGCCGUUCCUCAUUCAAGAGACCGGAUGGGGAGAAUUCGAAAUCACCAUCAAAAUAUACUACGCGACCGAGUCAGGAGAGAAACCUCAGACGCUGUACCACAACCUUCGUCUUCACCCGUACGGACGAACCGACGCGGAGAAGGAGCAGAUGCUGCGUCAGAACGAUGGAGAGAUCCGCGCUUGGGCCUAUGAUGAACAGUUGUUCAACGAACCUUACGAAGCAUUCUACGAGGUCCUCACCUCUGGCACGCAUCCCAAGGGCCACCCCAUGGGAAAGGGAGGCAAAGGCAAGAACAAACCGAUCCCGGCCUUGCCGGAGAAGACCUCAAACGUCCAGGUGGCGUGGGAGCGCAGCGCACUUCUGCCUGCAGUCAACAAGCCUGGUCAGCCGUUCAGUCUCGAGACGGAGCAAAUCGAGGUGAAGAAGCUCAAGGAGGCCGAAACCACAGCCAAGGGAAUGGCCAAGCAACAGCUGGAGAUCCUCAAGGAGAAGGAGGCGCAGCUGGCCGCGCUCAAGGCAGAGAACGCUGCUGUUGCUGCUACGGCUGGGACGAGGAAAAGCUGCGACGCGCUGCGAGGCGGCGGCGAAGAUGCCGAAGACGAUCAGAUGGACUGUGGCAGCUCACCCGAUCGCCGUCAAAGUAGUGCGCGCCUUGGAACACCAAACCCCAGUGGCAAUAAGGACAUGGAUGUCGCCAUGGAUGAUGACGACUACCGCCUCGAUGGAGACGACAUUCGGAAUGGCUCGACGCCUACGCAGCACGAUGGCGUCACAGCUUUGACAAGGCCUCACGCUGAGGUCGAUCGCGGCUCUGGCGAUGAUGCAGUGCACACCGGACUAGGACGAACAUACUGUCUCUUCCACUCACACUACCCCUUGUCGGCACGCUCCCAAUGUCGUUUGACACCAAACAGCAGCCUCGAAGAGAUGUAUCAUUGCGGUACUCAAGUUCACGACUUCGCCUCAUUGGGAAAGCCCGACGCCACAGAAGAAACGAUAUCACGGCAUUCGCAAACGAGUAGAGACGGGCCAGAUGUGCAAAUGUCAGAUGACACUUCGAGCGCGUCCGCGAUACUGAGCCCUCCCGCACCACCCGAUUCCACGCUCACGAAGCGGCGAGCAUCGCCGACAGCAGAGGUGUCUGAGAGGAAGAAGGCAAAGAACGAUGCUCCGACCGAUGGACAGGGCUAUCUAGGCUGA